AUGACGGACAACUCCACAGUCAAGGGUGUCAUCAGUGAAGUGUCCUCAAGAGCAAAGGCAACGUCACACCAAGUCCACCCACCUACAAGUCCACCCACUAGACGUCCACCCACCAGCAAGUCCAUUCACUUACACGUCCACCCACCUACAAAUCCACCCACCAGCAAGUCCAUCCACCUACAAGUCCACCCACCAGCAAGUCCACCCACCUACAAGGCCACCCACCUACAAGUCCACCCACCUACACGUCCACCCAUCUACGAGUCCACCCACCUACGAGUCCACCCACCAGCAAGCCCAUCCACCUACAAGUCCACCCACCAGCAAGUCCAUCCACCUACAAGGCCACCCACCAGCAAGUCCAUCCCACCUACAAGUGCAUCAACCUACAAGUCCAUCCACCAGCAAGUCCACCCACCUACAAGUCCACCGACCUACAAGUCCAUCCACCUACAAGUCCACCCACCUCCGAGUCCACCCACCAGCAAGUCCACCUACCAGCAAGUCCAUCCACCUACACGUCCACCCACCUACAAGUCCACCCACCUACAUGUCCAUCCAACUACAAGUCCACCCACCUACAAGUCCAUCCACCUACACGUCCACCCACCUACAAGUCCAUUCACCUACAAGUCCAACCACCAGCAAGUCCACCCACCAGCAAGCCCAUCCACCUACACGUCCACCCACCUACAAGUUCACCCACCAGCAAGUCCACCCACCAGCAAGUCCUACACGUCCACCCUCCUACGAGCCCUCCCACCUACAUGUCUGAGAUGUUUGACAAGCACCUGCAGCUAA